CACACUUGUAAGACGUUUUUUCAAGGUGGCUUCAGCGUGUUUUUCUUUGGCGACGAGCUGAUGAUAAUCAUAAAUUCAUCAUGAUAAUCAGUUGAAUGUGUUGUUUACGUUGUGCUGUCGAGGCAAUAAUAAUCGUGUCAAUCGCGCUCCACGUUCGCACUGAUGUUGCCAGAUCGAUGGGGAAUUGGUGUUGAAUCUGUUGAUCCGUGUAUUGUAUUCCGUGGCAGCAUGACAAGAAGCGUGUUGUGGAGUGCAGGGUUCUCGAUGCAGAGGAAGAGCGCAAGUUGAUCAUUGGGAGUGGAUCUGCGUUAUUAUCUUGUUGUUUGGCCCUUUGGGCCUCCAUCCGUCUGCGCUGCGUGGCUGGCCGUUGAGAUCUAGAGUUGGCCUGGUCCUGGUGUUCGUGCAGAGCCCAGCGCAGUGUAAUUUCCACUGGGGGAGGGAUUCAGUCUUUGUCUGUUGGCUGCUUUGGAGCUGAGCAGUGCAGACUGCAGGUUAAUCCGAUUGAUAUUAUCCCGUGUGACGACUGCAGGUGGUGGAUCCCGUCUUCCCCCGUCCUGCGACAAGCAACUGUGCAACUGCCAGCUAUCCGAUCCGGCCACAAGAGCAGUUACGCCUCCUCUGCCCACUGGCCGGCAUCCCGCCUUCCCGUUCCCGUUCCCGCGGCCGCCCGUCAUCCCUUCCUUCCCCUUUGCAGCGUGGGAUACCGCCAUUGCAGUUGUCCUAGCUGCGUUCAUCUGAUCCCUGCUGAAGUGGAUUUGUUGUAGCGGGAUUUAUUUGUAUUUCCCUUGCGGACUAUCUUUUUCUCCCGGCCGCCACGAUGAGCAACAUGAACGCGCCGAAACCCUGCGCCAAGUGCGACGGCAAAGUCUAUCCUCUGGAGCAGCUCAAAUGUCUCGACAAGAUCUGGCACAAAGGAUGCUUCAAGUGCACGGAGUGCGCCAUGCCGCUGAGCAUGAAGAACUACAAGGGCUACAACAAGUUCCCCUACUGCGACGCGCACGUGCCGAAGCCGUCCUUCACAACCAUCACGGACACGCCGGAGAAUCGCCGGCUGGCGGAGAACACGGCCAACCAGAGCGGCGUGCUGUACCACGCGGACUUCGAGAAGACCCGCGGCAAGUACACGACGGUGGCCGACGACCCGGAGACGCUGCGCCUCAUGCAGAACGCCAGCACCGUGUCCAACAUCGGCUACCACGGGCUGCACGACCAGAAGCAGGAGAUGGAGAACCAGCGCGGCCGCAGCGACGGCGGCUACGCGGAUCCUUCCCAACAACAGCAGAGCUACGUCUCCAACAUCGGUCAACAGAACCCGGGCCAGGCGGAGGAGCCGCGCGCCACCAUCGAGUACCAGCACGCCGCCACGCCCAAGAUGUGGCAGAACGGCUUCCCGCCCAUGCAGCCGCCAGGUGCCAAAACCCCGCCUAACAAGACUAACCCGCCCCCGCGCACUGACAGCACGUCGCGCUCUGGUCCACCGCAACCGCAGCCGCUGACCGCCUCCAACAGCCUGAAUAAAGCGCCCUCCGCGGCGUACGGCGUGCUGUCGGCGCAGGCCGCCAAGCCCAAAGUCGGCUCGCUGGCCGACUACGACCCCCUGGGCGAGGGCGGCCGGGGCGGUGGGAUCCCGCCGGCCUACAAUCCCCAACCACCGCAGCAACAACAACAACAGGCGCCGCCACAGCAGCCGGCAUAUAAUCCGCAACAGCAACAAGGACCGCGACCGGCGUAUCAGCCGCAACCGCCGUCAUACCAGCAGUACGGCCAGCAACAACCGGCGCCGGCUAGCCAACCCUGGCAACAACAGCAGCGCGGCGGUCCCGCUCAGCCGCAACAGCAGCAGUCCUGGCAACCGCCGCAACCAGCGUACGGCCAGCCGCCGCAGCCGCAGUACAACCAGAACCCGAACCAGUACAAUCCGUCGCCGCAGCCCCAACAGCCGGCGCAGCGCCCGGCCUUCCAGAGCCAGCAGUCCGGUCCGAAGCCCUACAGCCCGCAGCCGCAACCCCAGUCCCAACCGACCUACCAGCCGGCAUCCCAACCGCUGUCCCCCGGAGCCGGCUACUCGCCUGCCUACCCCCAACAACCGCCCUCGCAACAGCAGCAGCAACAGCGCCCGGGACAGUACGGGGCCGCGCAGCCGUUCGGCGGCUCGCAGCCCACGCAGCCGAGCUACGGAGGGUAUGGGCAGCAGCCGCCGGCGCCGGUGUCGCAGCCGGCCUAUUCCUCGCCCAGCCAGCAUCAGCCGCAACAGCAGCAAUACGGCCGACCGCAGCAGCAGGCGCCGGCGUCGCAGAGCGUCACCUGGCCGCCGAAACAGGCGGAGCCGGUGAAUAAAGGCGCGAUGCCAUGGCAGCAGUCGGCGGGCGCUGUGCCGGCCGGUUACGAGGCGCACCGCACCACCACGACAACGACGACCUACACGACGCAGCAGCAACGACCCGCCGGACCGGCCGCUGCCCUCAAACCAUCGAAGACGUACAAAGCCAUGUACGACUACAAUGCCGGCGACGUGGACGAGGUCAGCUUCCGCGACGGCGACUUCAUCAUCAACGUCCAGCCCAUCGAUGCCGGCUGGAUGAUCGGGACGGUGCAGCGGACGGGGAAGAGCGGCAUGCUGCCGGCCAACUACGUCACGCCGGUCAAUUAGCGCAACGGAAGGAUCUUCCUUCCCCAUCGCUUGUCUCACUCAAGUCGGCACGUGCCAUUCUGACAUGCAGCGCCAAGCAGCCAAUGACAGACAGUAGCAGAUGGACAAAAUAGUAAUAUAAAGUGUAGAUGAAUACGGUCUUCUUUCUAAUGCCGUCAGCUGGUAUCAGCUGGUGGAAUCGUCUGUUGCGUGCAUGUUGUGUUUGUACUUAAUCUCUCAUUCUUACCUUUGCCUUCGACUUGACGUUGCUCCGCAGUCCGGACGCAUUUUCUUUCUACUGUCACUUGUACUCCCUUUUACACACCGUUUACUGGAUCGGUUUUUAGCUGUUUUUAUUCGUCGGUUGUCUUCUUCCAGAGUUUUAUCCUGGCGAAAGCUGGCUUUUAUUGGCUUUUACUGUUUUGACAGACGACUUUUUUUCUGCCUUCUCCAGGCCUGUGUAUCUGUAGAUAGUUAUAGCGGGCUGGUUAAUGUUAAUAAUCUGUUUUGCUGGUGAAUCUGAUCCAUGUGUAGAUCUGUUGUGCCUAGUGCGCGAUUUCUCUUUUAUGCCGUCUGCAUCAUGAGUCCAUGACAUCGGCAUUCACUAAUAAAAAUCAAGGAGAUAGACAAGUAUCUGUCUUCUCUGUACGCAA